AUGAUUUAUUCAAAUACAAAUUGGUACAUACAAAAUCAGAUUAAUUCCGAAAGAUUUUCAUCACCAUCAAUUCAUCUAGUGACUGCUAUACUUGUCAAUCAUCAUCAUGCAUGGAAUGCAGAUAAUGAUCGAAAAGAUGAAACUGGUCUAUGGAUGUUAGAUCCUUUAGUGGAUAAUAUUAAUAAAACUGUAUAUGUUUCAGAUAUGGGUAAAUCCUCUAAUCGUUCUGUGUCAACAACUCGUAGUGAUAUUGAAAUGAUGGAAACUGAUAUUAAUGAAAACGAACAAGUCGCAGCCGUUCGUACACUUGUUGGACGAUUUGAACAUGAAGUUCUUUCUCAGCAAAAACAAUAUCGAGAUAAUUUACUUAUAUUAUAUUUACUAUUUAUUAUAUCAUUACCAUCAGAAUGUACUCAACAACAAGCCAUUGGAGCUUUAUUUCAUAAAGAACGAAUAAUAAAAGAAAAAUCAUAUUUAUUUGUUAAAGAAAUACCAAAACAACAUUGUCCAUCAUUCGAAGGUACAUUAGGUAAAGACAAGAAAACAAGAUUCAAAGCAAAUUUAACUAAUCAAACAUAUUUAACUGAUAUGAGUGAACAAUUUUCACUUCCGUUGGUUUAUCAAUGGUUUGAUACAGUUAUUACUUCAUUAGAUUGUUAUACAUGA